AUGCUCGACUUACUUCUCGCCCGUUAUGGCCUCAGUGACGAGUCUCUCCUCUGUAUUGACACAAAACCAAGUACAUUGAAAUCAGGCCAAGCAGAUGGCAUCCAACCUCGAACACUGGAAGUCUUCAAAACGCUGGGUAUCUCCGAUGAGAUCGAAAACGAGGCUUGUCAAAUGUGGCAAUUCGCAUUUUGGAAUCCAUCUCCCGACAAGGAAAAGAUCAUUGAGCGCACGGCUGUUAUGCCGGAGGUUAUUCCUCCUGCGCGCUUCGGCUACGAAGCUACCAUUCACCAGGGGCGUAUCGAAAGGAUCAUGGAAACGGAUCUACUGCGAUAUUCGAAAAGAGGUGUUCUGCGUAACACGCGGUUAGUCGAUGUGGUUAUUGAUGAGAAUGGCGAUGCCGAGUUCCCGGUUGUGGUGACUAUGAACACCAAUGGCACUGAGAGAACUGUGCGGACGAAAUAUCUAGUGGGUGCAGAUGGUGCACACUCGGUUGUUCGUCAAUCAUUGGGACUAAAGCUAGAGGGAGAGUCGCUCGACCACAUCUGGGGCGUUGUUGAUCUCGUUGCCGACACCAAUUUCCCUGAUAUUCGUCGUCGCUGUGGUAUUCAUUCUCCUGCGGGCUCGGUAAUGGUUAUCCCGCGCGAGAGGAUUGCUACGGGUGAAUAUCUUACUCGCUUAUAUGUCCAUGUCCCUGAAAUAGUGUCUCCUGGCGAUGAUCAACUACCAGCCAAGACAACUGAGUCAAAGUCAGAGGAUGCGCGGCAGCGCAGGACCAAAAUCACUUUGGGGGGUAUUCUAAAGCAAGCUGCGGAUGCCAUGCAGCCAUACUACAUCCGGCCUAAGGAUGGGGCCAUUGAUUGGUGGGCUGCUUAUCAGAUCGGCCAGCGAGUCUUGCCUGAAUUCAUUGUCAAAGACUCGAAAAAUGCUGCUCGUGUGUUUAUCGUUGGUGAUGCUUGUCACACCCACAGCCCUAAGGCUGGCCAAGGAAUGAACGUCUCAAUGAUGGAUUCAUACAAUCUAGCUUGGAAACUUAUCUAUCAAAUCAACGGGCUUGCACCAACAUCGACCCCCGAUAACCCAACGCCAUUGCUUAACACAUACCAAACAGAACGACACGAAAUAGCCCAGCAACUCAUUGAAUUCGACAGAAAAUUCUCUACAAUGUUCUCCGGGCAAAUGGGCGCAACAGAAGGUCUCACCCAGGAAGAAUUCCAACAGGCCUUCAAAUUGAACAACGGCUUCACCAGUGGCUGCGGAGUAGAGUAUCCAGAGAACAUACUCGUCGUUCGGGAUAGUAACCCCUCGUUAAAUCCCGUCCAGGGCACGGACUACCUCUCGGGAAUCCUCCGGCCAGGACGACGCCUACUAAACAUUAAACUACUACGUCAUGCGGAUGGGGGCCAGCGGGAUCUGCACGAUGGUAAGAUCCAAGUCGUCAUCUGGUUGAUUCGUUUUCGGGCAUUUCAAUUAACAAAUGAUACAGACACGCCCUCUACAGGACGCUUCCGAAUUCUAUGUCUUACUUCGCAAGACCUGCUUGAUCGGGAGGGUGUCUCGGCAAAGGCUCUCGAAAGGAUGGCUAUACUAAUUGCCAAUUUCCCCGCAUCCACCAUAGAACAAAUCGUGCUACAUCCCCGACUCCAUCGAUUCUUUGAGUGGGGCGACAUUCCUGAUUGUGUGAAGCAAACUUCGGAAAUGCGUUUCUAUGAUGGGUCUGCGUUGGUUGACGCGUAUAGCAUCUAUGGCGUUGACCCCGCGCACGGCGCACUAGCCGUGAUCAGACCGGAUGGGUAUGUGGGGGUCGUUGCGCAACUUGGUGAUGUGAAGCAGGUGGAGGAAUAUCUACGGGCGUGUAUUAGAACGAUUCUCUAG